CCUUCCCGGCUUAGCCGCAGCCUCCGGAUCAUGAGAGCAGCCUCCAGAUUGCUAAGAUGGGCGCCCAUCGCUGCACCGUUGGCAUGGCUGAGACGUGAAGGAACUGAAUGGAAAGUGGUUCCGCAGGGUCAGGCACCACGGAAUGAACUUUCUUGCAGCACAACUGGAGAUCGUGAAUUUGCCUACAUCCAUGAGCACAACUGGAACGAGCAAAUGUGGAACAUUGCUGGCAGGGUUGACUUUCAGAGCCUCAUGGAGGAGGGAUGCUACUUGCUGAAAGGUGUUGCCUCAGAUGUCAUCCACAGGCUGUCCUUUGGAGCGAAAGUCUUUGCGCGGAGAGGCACUGUGCUCAUCGAAGAAGGCUCUGAGAACAGCGCGAUCUUCGUGGUUGGCCAUGGCGCGUUGAAGGUCACCGUGAAAGGCGAGAAGAUCUCGACCAUAGGGCCUGGGCAAGUGGUGGGCUUGUAUACUAUGCUCAAGGGCACCAAUGCAAGCGCCACUGUUACUGUCUCCUCAGAGCUAGCAUAUGUUCUGGAGCUUCGGCAUAGUCACUUCCAGAGCUGUUUAGAGGAUGAGCCAAGCGUGAAGCAACGCAUGCAAGUGAUCUUGGAGCAACGUGAAGCCCAGAACAAGGCUGCUGAAAUGGUGCACAAUAAGACCAUUCGUGAGGUCUAG